UCUCAGCUGUCAACCAUAGCUCUGCAGUCUGCACUCCUCUCUUGCUCUCUCCAUCGUCUCUCUUCGCUCUCAUUCCGUGAAGCUCGCUCGGCCCCUUUGCCUCAUUUUUUCGUCAAAGUACCAACAUAGUGGCGACGACGACGUUCUUCUGUGCGGCAGUCAGCGAGCCUCUCACUUCAACCUCUGACUUCGUGUCUCUCUCUCUCUCACUCAUUGGAAAAGACGUCACAAUGAGGAAUGCAAGUAAGAGGAAGAGAGAAGCCCAACAUGGUCCACAACAAAACAAGAAACAUUCCACGAAAUCACUUUCUCGAUCUCAAGCUAACCCUAAGCCCCAGGAGGAGUACUUCGAGGAGAAGCGCAACUUGGAAGAUUUGUGGAGAGAAGUUUUCCUUGUUGGAACAGAGUGGGACCAAUUGGAUUCUGUAUAUCAGUACAAGUGGAAUUUCUCUAAUCUGGAAAAUGCAUUUGAAGAGGGCGGUGUUCUACAUGGGAAAAGGGUUUACCUUUUUGGUUGCACUGAGCCUCAACAAGUCUGCUUUAAAGAUGUAGAAAAAGUUGUCUUCGUACCUAUUAUUGUCGCUGUAGUAUCACCUUUCCCACCAUCUGAUAAAAUUGGGAUUACCUCUGUUCAAAGAGAGAAUGAAGAGAUUAUUCCCAUGAAACAAAUGAAAAUGGAUUGGAUCCCAUAUAUGCCUCCAAAGGACCGAUUGAAGUCUCAAAUAUUUAUCUUGAGUUGCACCCAAAGGAGGUCUGCUUUAAAACAUCUAAAGUUGGAACAAGUAAAAAAGUAUGAGUACUGCUUGCCAUAUUUCUACCAUCCAUUCAAGGAAGACGAACUUGAACAAAGUACCGAGGUUCAAAUAUUGUUUCCAACAGAGCCGAAGCCGGUCUUUUGUACAUUUGAUUGGGAGUUUGAAGAUCUUGAGGAGCUCACUAAUGCUGUCAUACAAGAUGAGGAAUUAUCAGCAGAUCAAAAAGAUGUCUUCAAGGAAUUUGUCAAGGAAAGAGUACGUGAAGCAAAGAAAGCUAAUAAAGAGGCAAGGGAAGCUCGGAGGAAAGCCAUUGAGGAAAUGAGUGAGGAAACUAAAGCUGCAUUUGAAAAUAUAAGAUUUUACAAAUUCUAUCCUGUGCAAAGUCCAGAUGCUCCUGAUGUGUCAAAGAAGUGUAACGUCAUUAACAGGUAUUAUGGAAAGGCUCAUGAGUAUCUGUGAUUUGCUCCCAGACGACGAUGUUGACGGCUUAAAACUUUCCAUGCUUGUUUUGCGUGUAGCUAGAAGUGGUCUGGUUGUUGUUUACCGUUCUCAGUGGCGUAGUUAUUAAGAUCGAACAGGUAAUUAACUCUAUCAGAGUAUUGGGUUAUUGGAUUACUAGUUCAUCCAUUGAAUCGCAAAUUGAUCUGUUAGAUUGGUUAUAAUUAAAUAGAUAUAUAUAAUUAUAUUUCAUUCUUUUCAUAAUAAGUAUUUUUUUUAAUUUUAUUUUGGUAUUAAUUUAACCAUUACUUUUUAAUUUCAAUAAUCAUUAGACAGUUUAUACCUAUAUUAUAUAUUUCUAUUUAUUAAAACAAUAUCAUAUAGUUAUAGAAAGAGGAAAUUUAUUAUGACUAAUAGUGUUUGUCCUUUUUUUCUAAUUUAUAAAUAUUUAAUAAAAAUUAUUAUUCAUUUUAACAAUUUUAUAUAAUUUAUAAAAAAAUAUAGUUAAUUGGAGAAAGAACGAGUACAAAACUAAAAUUAAAUUUUAUUUUGGUAUUAAAUUAACUAUUACUUUUUAAUUUCAAUAAUUCAUUACGUA